AUGCCCAAGGACGCCAAAUCCGACGCCGAAUGGCGCAAAACAUUAACCAACUUCGCAGCCUCCAAGGCAAGGACUUUGCCUCGAGGGUGUGCUCCGCCGAAGACUUCUAAAUGGUACGACGAGUUCCAGAAGAUCCUCAAGUGUCCAUUUGGGACUAGCCACCCCCUCAAACCUAAGGAAGUUCGUGGCUGUGAAUGUGGUUACCACCCUACGGUCAAGGACGACACCAAAAGACCCGAGCCUUCGAUCGACACCAAAGCGACGAUUGGUGGUGCUGGUCCUGUCGCUAGUAUCGCUGGGACCAAUCUGGAGCGGGUAGUGUCCAAGGAGCUAAGUGCUGCUAUGCCGAGGAAGCCUGAAGGUCUCACUGUAGCCGAUGUUAGAGAU